AUGUAAUACCAAACUCUAUCUGGUGUUGAAUUAAUACUAGCAAUACCAGGACACUAUAUAAAAAAAAUCUAACACCACUAACCUAGCUUCUUCUAAUCCAUAACUCACUUUCGGACUUAUGAUUAUUUGGUCUGCAACUGCAAUUGCACCGGUGGCCUGAAAUCAACAAGAGGUAAACAGGAAGAUAUGGGAAGGAUAUUUGUAGUGGAGUUAGAGGGUCGUUCUUACAGAUGCAAGUUCUGUGGGACCCAUUUAGCUCUCCCUGAUCAACUUGUCUCAAAAUCUUUUCGUUGCCGCAGAGGAAAAGCUUAUCUCUUCAAUAAUGUGGUGAACAUCACUGUGGGAGUGUUAGAGGAGAGAAUGAUGCUUUCAGGAAUGCAUACUGUAGCUGACAUAUUUUGUUGCUGUUGUGGGGGAAUUAUUGGCUGGAAAUAUGAGGCAGCACAUGAGUUGAGUCAAAAGUACAAAGAAGGGAAGUUUGUCCUCGAAAGGGGGAGGAUCGUUGGUGAAAUGGACUUCUCAACAGAACUCUUUAUUGAUACCCAUCCUGAAUGAGUGACGCUGGAGAUGUUUAAGAUCUAUUUUCAUUUCUGUACGUAGUUGUGCUAAAUAAAGCCGGAAAGGAGGCACUGCACUACUUCUGUAUAUAAGUGUUUACAGUAAUUAUAUAUUGAGGGAAUUCCAGUAAUCUAUUUUAAUUCUGAUGGACAUCUAAAUUGUAAUGAAUGCAACUGUUUUGUUUUAAUUCAGAUGGAAUUUUCUGUA